AUGGACGCCGACGACAUUUCCGAAUUGUCGUCUCCCUUGAGCUCUAUACCAAGCUCUCCUCUCAGUUCUCCUCCGAGCUCCCCAACGACACCGCCUGGGUUCCAGGUUGUCACUCCCCCACCCUCGCAACAUGCCGGCGAUGAUAUGCCCCCUGCUCGCAAACGACGAAAGAUCGAACCACGAAUCCGGACUACACAGCAUCUUGAUUUGACUUCAGACACUGCGCAGUCCGAUUAUGAUCGCACAGAGGCGCUGGAUACGCUGCUGAAGGCGGUUCGAGGCAGGAAGAAAAUUGUUGUUAUUGCAGGAGCCGGCAUAUCCGUCUCAGCAGGGAUCCCUGAUUUCAGGUCCUCACAAGGCUUAUUCAACAGUCUGAAGGGCGAGCACAAACUGAAAAGCUCUGGGAAAAUGCUUUUUGAUGCUUCAGUCUACAAGGACGAUCAUUCCACCUCGAGUUUUCAUGACAUGGUAAGGAAGCUCUCCAAGAUGUCAGAGAACGCCAAGCCGACAGCUUUUCACCGUUUCCUGGCAAGGUUGUCUGUAGAGGGACGACUGUUGCGACUCUAUACACAGAACGUAGACGGCCUCGAAUGCUCUCUGCCGCCUCUGACGACCCAAGUUCCUCUCAACCACAAGGCGCCAUGGCCGCAGACUAUCCAAUUGCACGGAGGACUAGAGAAGAUGAUGUGUCAAAAAUGUAGACAUGUCUCUGAAUUCGAAGCAAGUCUGUUCGACGGACCAACGCCUCCACUCUGCCCGCAAUGUGUUGCAGCUGAUGCGCUGCGGACAAAGCACGCUGGGAAACGCAGUCAUGGAGUUGGCAGAUUAAGGCCUAGGAUUGUCCUCUACAACGAACACAACCCGGAUGACGAGGCCAUUGGCGCGGUGACGACAGCAGACUUCCGAACGAGGCCAGAUGCAGUGAUUGUAGUCGGCACGAGCAUGAAAAUUCCAGCGGUGAGGCGAAUCGCCCACGAGAUGUGCCAGAUUGUUCGGGAUCGAAGGGAAGGCACGACGAUAUGGAUCAAUCGAGACCCCGUUCCACCUGGCAAAGAUCUCGAAAACCUGUGGGACUUGGUGGUGAGGGGUGACAGCGAUGAGGUGGCUCGUUUAGCAGGCUUGCGAGAAUGGGACGAUCCGAACGUGGAUUUGGUGGAAAACCACACGACGGUCGAUCUCGAAGCCGCUCGAUCUACCCAACCACAAAUCGAGGUCGUCAUUCCGGCCUCCCCGAAAAAGAGCGAAAACAAAGUCGAGGGAGAAAAUGGUGGCAAGAAACUGUUGCCUUCCGUUGUCAUUCACACUGUUACACCCCCGCGCAGCCAAAACGGUGAUCGAGACGCAAACUCUUCCAAGAAAAAUCAGAGCUCUGCUACUCCACCUUUGCGCAUCAAGCUCAAAGUUGGAGAGCGCAGUGAGCAGGCAGCGUCUGCACAGGUAAAGAACCCAGCCAGCUCGGGAAGAAGCAUUGCAGAUGUUCUAGGCGGCAAAGAGAACCGAACCAAGACCGGCAAGCCGAAGACGUCGCUCAAUCGCAAAAACAAAGUCACAAAGAUUCGUGCGUCUACAAAUUCGCGAGGACCAACCACGCAACAACGUAUCAAUGGGAAGGUCACGAAGCCAAAUGUAUCUGUCGAAAUCACGCAGCAGAAUAAGAAGCCCGCGCCUGAACCUUUGUCGCCGAGACGGUACUCGAACGAGACAGUUAUUCGUCCUGAAAAAUCAGAGUACUCGAGUGUGGAACCAAGUCCAGCUCCAGAGACGCCACCCCCUUACAGUAGCGACUGGACGAAUGGCGAAACGAUCUCUCCUUCGGGAAGAGUGCCUUCUGACAUGGUUCGAUUAUUGAAUUAG